UCCUUGUAGUAUCCCAUUCUUAUCCUAGAGCAAACAUUUGAAGCAACACAACAAUGAAUACCAUGAAUGAAUUUUUUCGUAGAGGAAAACCAUAUCUUGCAGUGAUUUUCCUGCAAUUUGGUCUAGCUGGCAUGGAUAUCAUUUCCAAAGUUGCAUUGAAUGAGGGGAUGAGCAACUAUGUAUUUGUUGUUUAUAGACAUGCUGUUGCCACCUUGGUCAUAGCUCCUUUUGCUAUAAUUCUAGACAAGAAACAGAGGCCAAAAAUGACACUCGCAAUUUUUGCCAAGCUUGUACUUCUGAGCAUACUGGAGCCAGUAAUCGACCAGAACCUGUAUUUUAUAGGGAUGAAAUACACAACAGCCACGUUUGCAGCUGCUAUGUGCAAUGUUCUUCCUGCCAUAACAUUUAUAAUGGCAUGCAUCUUCAGGCUUGAGAAGGUGAAGAUGAAAAGUAUUCGUAGCCAAGCAAAGAUUUUUGGUACGCUUGCUACUGUAGCAGGAGCCAUGAUGAUGACACUUUUAAGAGGACCUAUCGUUCAACUGUUUUGGACCAAAUCAACAACCACUCAUGAUCAUCAAAGUGGUGUGAUAGAUCUAGCACAUUCUAUCAAAGGAGCUCUAAUGAUCACCACUGGUUGCUUUAGCUGGGCCUUUUUUGUGAUUUUACAAGCAAUCACAUUGAGAUCAUAUCCCACAGAGCUUUCACUUACUGCAUGGAUAUGCCUUUUGGGAACUGCCAAUGGAGGAAUUGUGGCACUAGUAAUGGAGAGAGGGAACACUGCAGCUUGGUCCAUAAACUGGGAUACCAAAUUUCUUGCUGCUCUUUACAGUGGAGUAUUCUGCUCAGGGCUGGCUUAUUAUAUUCAAGGAGUCAUAAUGAAAGAUAGAGGGCCUGUUUUUGUAACUGCUUUCAAUCCAUUGAGCAUGGUUAUUGUAGCUGUAAUGAGCUCAAUCAUUUUACGAGAACAAAUGUUCCUAGGGAGGGUUCUUGGUGCUGCUAUCAUUGUUAUAGGCCUUUAUAUGGUCCUGUGGGGGAAAAGUAAUGAUCAAAAUUCAACAUCUAGUGAACAAUCACUACCAGACCAGCAAAUGAAAAGUGCAAAUAGUGAGAAGGAAACUCUGUCGCAUGAAAUCAUCACUAUCUAUCCUUCUAUAGAACAGAGUCAACAGAGUGUUGAUAAAGACAAAACUGUAGGAUAGAAUUGACAUUAUUCUUCAGUUGUAACCUUUACUGAAGAUGUUUAGUACAUUAAAAGUACUAGACAUGAGUAAAGCAGCAUUCUCUUUAUAGGAGAAAAUGCAAACAAUUAUAAGGAAUUUACAUUUCUUGUUCAAGGCUGCUACAAUUUCUGUUAGGAGAACAACAUCACUAAAUUCAUAAUAUGUUUCCAAGAUCUACCAUGAAUGGCUUCACAAAUAAUAGGGAGCUUAGUAACAAAAGUUAAUGUAUCAAACCUUUCCAUGUAUGAAAAGCUUUUUGGUUAA